AGUGAAACCCUCCCUUAGAGGUGAGAGCGCAGAUGUCAUGAGAAAAACGGCCACACGACCAGAGCGCACCGAUCCACGCACCGCCCGACCUCAGCCCGCCGGUGUGGGAUGCCUUUAGCGCAGAGACGCUUCUUCUUAGGGCAGCCAGUGGACGCUGACGCACGUCAUUUACGCUCUCUUCGCUCUUGUUAUUGUUGAUUUUGAAAAAAACGAGGAUCUUUCCCUCCGCAGCCCCCUUUUCUUUAAGUGUUUAUGUUUGUUUCUUCAUGACUGCUGUUUUGGGAAGCGAGCCCCAGCACCAGCUCCAGCAACGCCAUCACCAUGCGAGCCCAAAUCGAAGUUAUACCAUGUAAAAUCUGUGGAGACAAGUCAUCAGGUAUCCACUAUGGAGUCAUUACAUGUGAGGGAUGUAAGGGUUUCUUCAGACGAAGUCAGCAGAACAAUGCCUCCUACUCCUGCCCCCGCCAGAGGAACUGCCUCAUCGACAGAACAAACCGCAACCGCUGCCAACACUGCCGCCUGCAGAAAUGUCUCGCCCUGGGAAUGUCCAGAGACGCUGUCAAGUUUGGCCGCAUGUCCAAGAAGCAACGUGAUAGCCUGUACGCUGAGGUCCAGAAGCACCAGGCACGGCUGCAGGAGCAGCGGCAACAGCAGACCGGCGAGGCUGAAGCUCUGGCACGCGUUUACUCAUCCAGCCUAACCAACGGACUGUCCACUCUCAAUCAUGAAAUAGGGGGCACGUAUGCCAACGGUCAUGUCAUAGAGCUACCCAAAAAUGGCCAUGGUAACGGAGGUGGUGUUCCAGGGGGCUACUAUGGGAUGGAUUCCACCCAGCCGUCUCCAGACCAGUCAGGUCUGGACAUGUCAGGCAUGAAGCACAUCAAGCAGGAGCCAGUUUAUGAUCUAACGCCAGUACCCAACCUCUUCAGCUAUGGAGGCUACCAGGACAGUCAGCUUGGGUCCAAUAACGUCAGCAUGGGAGAGCUGGAUCGUAUUGCUCAGAAUAUUAUCAAGUCGCACUUGGAAACAUGUCAGUACACGACGGAGGAGCUACAGCAGCUAGCCUGGCAGACGCAUUCCUACGAAGAGGUCAAAAUGUACCAGAGCAAGCCCCGGGAUGUGCUGUGGCAGCAGUGUGCCAUCCAAAUCACUCAUGCAAUCCAGUACGUGGUAGAGUUCGCCAAGCGCAUCUCAGGGUUCAUGGAGCUGUGCCAGAACGACCAGAUCCUCCUCCUCAAGUCAGGUUGUUUGGAGGUGGUGUUGGUGCGGAUGUGCAGAGCCUUCAACCCUCUAAACAAUACUGUGCUCUUUGAGGGAAAGUAUGGAGGCAUGCAGAUGUUCAAAGCUCUAGGUUGCGAUGACUUAGUAAGUGCGGUGUUCGACUUUGCCAAGAGUUUGUGUUCACUGCAGCUAACAGAGGAGGAAAUAGCCCUCUUCUCAGCAGCUGUCCUAAUUUCCACAGAUCGACCCUGGCUGAUGGAGCCUCGAAAAGUUCAGAAGCUCCAGGAGAAGAUUUAUUUUGCUCUGCAGCACAUUAUGCAGAAGAACCACAUGGAUGAGGAUGCACUGGCUAAGCUGAUCAGCCGAAUCCCGACGUUGUCAGCUCUGUGCACGCUCCAUACCGAGGAGCUUCAGGCGUUCCAGCAACUCCACCCAGAAACCGUCAACGUCCUUUUCCCUCCGCUCUACAAAGAACUCUUUAAUCCAGACCCAAAUUCCGCUAUGGCCAUGCCCAAGUGACUGCCUACGGUUCAAAUGCAAAAACAGCAACAGCAAAAGACCAAGAAAUUGAGUUUAUUUCACAUUACAAGACAUCAGUGGCCAUGUUGACUGUGUCAUCACUGUGGCAGCAGCAUAUUUCAGAGCUCCCCCAGGCUCGUUUCAGGCUAGCAGGUGAGGAUUCAUCUGCUAGAAACGUGGCGUUACCGCCAACAAUACUAGGAAUGUCCAGCACUUAUCCCGUCCUGUUCACCGAUACAGUCUGAAGAAUGUAUAUAUAAAUUAAAUGUGCCCCAAGCCACAACCUGUGGGGCUUCCACCUGUGUCCUGAACUGACUGACCAGAAAUGUACAGACUUUAAAACAUCUAGGAACAAUUUUUGGGAAAAAAGAGUGCAAGUUAAAUUGGUUUAACUUUGCAAAAAAAAAAAAAAUUUAUUUGUCUAUGUUUUUCCACAUAAGGAAAUUGUGAAGUUGAAGAAGUUGGAUGGGGGAGGGAGCUGUGGAUUUAGAGAAGCUACUGUAGAUACUCUUCUAGUGGAGAACGGAUUCCAGUAUUACUACUUCUUCUGUUAAAAAUAAGUUAGUUCUAAUUUAAAUAUACAGCAGUCCACCGCGGCUGACUUUA